AUGCCGGAAGCCGAGGCGGCCCCUGCGGCAGCUGCUGCCGACGAGGCGACGCCGGAGCUCGACUCUGCCGCAGAGGUGGCGCCCGAGCCGCCGCCGCCUCCCCAAGACGAGCGUGCGGACGAGCAAAUCGCGGCCUCGGGGCCGGAGUUGCCUGCAGCCGCGGCACUGGCAUCAGCACCGCCGGGGCCGCCCAAAGCCUCUGCAGAUCGUAGUGAGGCGGUGUCCACCGACCAGCAACCCUCCAACGAGGCAGAUGUGUUGGCGGCCAAGCCCGCCUCGCCCCAGUCGCCGUCGCCGGCAGAGACGAGCGAGCACGACGCGGGAGCACCGGCUGAUGCUCAGCCCGCGGCAGGAGCAAUCGCAGCACCGCCUGUGCCGGCCGUUCUAGCGCCGCCCGCCCCAGCGGCGAUGGACGAGUCGCGCAAGCAGGCACUCAUAGAUCGUCUGCAUCGCGAGGCGGGAGUCCAGUCCUCCAAGAUUGCGACGCAGCAGCACGAGAUUUUCGAGCAGCGCGCCAUCACCGCGCGGCUCCAAUCGGAGCUGGAGGCGGUGAGGGCGCAGGUGGUGGAGCGCGAGCGGUACAUGGAGCGCCUGGCCAAUGAUGCGACCAACGUCGAUCACAUCGACCUCGCCGAGUUGCAGCGCCGGCACCGCAUGCUCGCCGCCGCCUACCGCGCGGACCGGAGGCGGCUCGAGGCGACCGAGGAGAAGCUUCACGGGCUAGGGGCUGCGCUGAGCUCGCAGGAGGGGCUGCAGGCGGCGUACGGGCAGCUCAAGGCGGCGCACACGCAGCAAGCCCACGUCGUACAGCAGCUGCAGGAGGAGCGGAGAGGAAUCGCCGCCAAGCGUAGCGACGACCAACGGCGUGUGGGCAAGUACCGGAAGACGGUGCAGCAGCAGGAGCUCAUCAUCCAAAAGCUGGAGGGGCUGCUCGAGGCGGCGAUGAAGGACGUCCGCCGCGCAAAGGCGCAGGAGACCGAGCUGGGCGGCCUGAGGUCUCAGCUCGACAAGGCUCAGGCUGACGCAACCACCGCGAAAGCCGAGGCGGAGCGGCAGCGCGACUCGAUCAAGGACGCCGUGCAGGAUGCGCCGGCCUUUGCGAGCGAGGAGCAGGUCAAGCUGCUGAUGCGUGCGGAGCGCGCGGAGCGGCGCUCGGCCGCCAUUGAGGAGGAGAUGACCGAGAUGGCGCGCUCCAACGCGCGCGAGAUCGCCGCCCUCAAGGUGAAACUGGCAGAGCGAGACUCGCAGCUGGCGGGCGCAACCGGCCUGGGCGGGUCCCUUGGCGGAUCGAUCGGUGGGUCGAUGCUGCACGAGGGUGCGCUGGGGCUGAGCGGGCCGCUCGAGGACAGGAUAGCAUGCCCCGAUGACGGCGACACAUAA